CAGCAUAAGAUAUCAAACUAUAAUAGAAUAAUGUCGACAGGAAAAAUAAAUAUCAUAGUACAAGAACCACGCCUAUAUUACUAGUACUAUUUACCUUUAAUCGUAUUUUUUUUUUGGCCGGCUUGAAUUAAAAUGCUAAAAAGCCACAAUACGUGAGAGAGAGAAGAAAAAAAGUUAUUAUUAGAAAAAUAUUUGAAAAAUACAAAUGAAAGAAAACAAGAUAAAAGAGUAAAGCAAAGCAAAAGCAGAGAAUAACUCUUAUUCGCUUCUUUGCCAAGCAAUCCCCCAAAACCUCUCAAUUUCUUUCUUCUUUCUCCUCCUCAAGCAAAGAUCAUCAUCUCACGAAAUGUCAGAUUCAAUUCACCGGAGAAAAGUUCCGACUCCGGUCGGAAAUGGAGGUCGGAGCUCCAGGACGAGACGAACAGCUUUCCGAUAUGUUUCCGACAAGAAUAGUCUCUCUAAAUCGAGUAAUAAGGUUUUUGAACGAAGCUUCUCAGAACCGAGUCUAAAUCGUCGCCGCGAUGGAGACAGUAAUCACUUGCGACGACCAUCGCCGAUGAGAGGUUUACCACUGGAAGAAUCCGAACCGAUCGUUUACUUGCCACGGAUUCGCUCUGAGGUUUUCGCUUCUUCUCCGUCGUUGUUGAACUUCUCUUCGCCGUCGUCUUUAUCUCCGAUCAAUCAAGAGGGUAAUACAAAAGAAGCACCAAAAGUAGUAAUCAGUGUAGCAGUAGAAGGAAGUCCUGGACCUGUAAGAGCAAUGGUUAAAUUGAGUUGCAACGUCGAGGAAACGAUCAAAAUUGUCGUGGACAAAUACUGCAAAGAAGGACGAACUCCAAAACUCGAUCGAGAUUCUGCUUUUGAAUUGCAUCAGUCACAUUUUAGCAUUCAGUGUUUGGAGAAAAGAGAAAUAAUAGGAGAAAUAGGAAGUAGAAGCUUCUACAUGAGAAAGAAAGCUCAUGAAACCGAAGGUUCGUUUGUCGGGACUACUCCGGUGAGAACUACCCUAAUUUCGUCGUCGAAUUUGAUCGGAUCGUACAUUGCUCAGUUAAUAGGGAAAAUCAUGAGGAGAACAAGACAGAUAUGGAACAUAUUGGUCUGUGUGCAAUGAGAUAGAGACCAAAGUACACUUUUGAGCGUGGGACAUAAUAUUUUUAGUUUGUAUUUGCUCCAAAUCUCAUCAAAUAAGGCCUUACUUUAUGAAAGUAUAAUUUAUAGAUGAUCAAGUACAUUUUUUUUU